AUGAACACAUCUCCCUCUGAAUAUGCAAUCAUCUUUGCAUGGUUGCUAUGCGCAAUCAUGUUCAACACUGGCAUGUGCAGCCUCAAUAUUCGCUGCAGCCAAAAAGACAAGCAUGCUCUCUUAAACUUCAAGCAAGGAGUCAUAGAUCCAUCAAGUGUGCUCUCUUCAUGGUCCACUCAACAAGAUUGUUGUGAAUGGAGAGGUGUCAAGUGUGACAACAUCACAAGUAGAGUCACUCACCUCAGUCUCUCAUGUUCCACAACUCUUCCAACUUACACUGACAAAGAAGAUAAAUCACAUUGCCUCACAGGUUCUAUUCACCUAUCCUUAUUGUUGGUGGAAUUAGAAUUUUUAAAUUACUUGAAUUUGGGGAAUAAUGACUUCUUAGCUAUCCAAUUUGAUUCUGUGCAUAGUCAAUAUUGUGACUGUGCCAAUUCUUCAGCUCUUCGUUAUCUUGAUUUGUCAUAUAAUGAUAAUCUUUCCAUCAAUAGUCUUCAAUGGAUUUCCAGCAUGCCCUCCUUGGAGUAUCUCUACCUCACUGGCAUUGAUCUUCACAAGGAAACUAACUGGCUUCAAUUUGUGACAAUGCUUCCAUCGCUUUCAGAGCUUGAUAUGGGUGACUGUCAACUUAAAGACUUGAGUCCAUCUAUUCAAUAUGCUAAUUUUACUUCACUCAAAUCUCUCUCUCUCUCUGCAAAUGAAUUUCCCUCAGAUUUGCCUAAAUGGUUAUUCAAUCUUAGCAGUGGUAUCUCUAGUAUCGAGCUUUACUCAAAUUCUUUAAAAGGGAAACUACCCAAGGCAUUGUUAAAUCUUAGACACUUGGAAGUCUUGAACUUGGAAGACAAUAAGUUGAGUGGACCAAUUCCAUAUUGGUUAGGCAAACUCGAACAUCUAAGAUAUCUUGCUCUUAAUUUAAACAAGUUUUCUGGAUCUAUUCCCACAAGUUUUGGAAAUCUAUCAUCCUUAACCAGCUUGUUGGUUGGCCACAAUCAAUUAUCAGGAGUUGUUUCUGAGAGAAAUUUUGCCAAAUUGUCAAAAUUAAGGGAAUUGGAUAUAUACUCAUCACCACCAUUAAUCUUUGAUUUUGGAGUUUUGUGUCAAGAGUGGCACAACUCUAUUUAA